AUGGAAAACGAAAAGACGCAGUUGUUGCGUUCGGAUAGCAUACAACGGCAGUUUGCUGCCAUUCUCGCCGAUGCUCAAAAGCAGUAUGCCAGCUCCACGGGUCUCGACCUGAAGGACUACAUGAAUCCGCCAAUGAGAACAACCGAAGACCUGCUGAACGUCAUCAACCGUCAGAAUGAACAGUUUCAGAGUUUCCGAGAGAAGCGCCAGACCCUAUUCCAGGUCCUGUCCACCGCGUGUAAGCCGCUUGAGGUGGUUGGCGAGGCGCUGGCCGGAGCCUCGGAAGAAAUCUUCCCUCCCGGCCAGACCAUCUUCGCCGCAGUCAUGUAUUUGAUCAAUGCCGCCAAGGACGUCUCGGCAUGCUAUGACUCCAUCAUAGACCUUUUCGACCAGAUGCAGGACUUCACGGUCCGACUCAAGUUUUAUGUCUCGCAAAAACUGUCUGCCGAGCUCUACGACAAGGUUGUCAAGAUUCUCGUCACCAUUUUCGAGAUUUUUGUCCUGGCGACACACGAAGUCCGCAAGGGACGUCUCAAGUCCUACUUCAAGCGGCUGUUGGGGAGCGAAAGCAAAGUGCCCGACGCCAUGAAGAAGUUGGCCUCUCUGACCGAGGGCGAGGAGCGGCUCGUGAUUGCCGAGACCAGCGCCGGCGUGAAGAGGUCCCUCUCCAACCAAGAGCGGCUGCUCGAAAUGAUGUCAAGGGUAGACGUCAACGUCCAGACUUUGCGCACGGAAACCCGGGUACCUCAGACAAGGGAACAGGCCCUAUCGUCCAACCGGGAUAAGCUCAAGGGCAUCCUACAGCCGUCCGUCUACCCGGAAGACACCUAUUCUGCGCUCAACAGGACACGGACGCAAGGCACCUGCGAUUGGAUCUUUGACGACCCUUCACUGAAGGACUGGCUGGCUGGUAACGUUCGAUUUCUCUGGAUAUCAGGCAAUCCCGGGACAGGAAAGUCGUACAUAACUUCUCGUCUCGUCUCGUGGGGCCAAGACCUGCUCAACAAACAGGAGACCAACAACAUGAUGGGUUACUUCUUCUUCCGCCAAAACAACCCGGAAUCCCGCUCCAUGACGCAGGCACUCAGGGAUAUCGCCUACCAGAUCAGCGAGCAGGACGUCUUCUACGGCAAGCAACUCGUCAGCGAAGUCUCCACAGGCGACGAGAUCAAGACUGUCUCCAGCGCAUUCAGGAAACUGCUUGUUGAGCCUUGUGUGCCUGAUAAGUGGAAGAGAUUUAUUUACGUGCUGAUGGAUGGCCUAGACGAAGCUGACCUCCGGGAAGUGAAGGAAUUCCUUUCGUUGUUGGACGAUCUGAACCAACAACCCGGGCAAGGGACGAGGGUACAAGUUGCCCUCAUCGGGAGAACGACCCUUACGGACGAUGUCAUGGACCACCUCGGCAACGACUCGACGGGUGGUCAGCAGCUCCGCACUUUGCACGUAACGCCCGAUCGAAACAGCUCAGACAUUGUAUCUUACAUUGUCGAGGGGGUCAAUUCCGCACGAAUACUGCGAGGGUCGACGGACGACUUCAAACAGAGCAUCAUCGAGACCAUGACGAAACAAGUGGACGGCCUCUUUAUCUUGGCCAAGUUCAUGCUUGCUGAGCUAAACAGAAUACGGCACCCCAGAAGGAUCGUCGAGAGCCUGCAGUCUUACCCCCAAGAGAUCAACGGUAUGUUGAAGAAAGCCGUGCUCGGGUUCAGUUCUUCCAUCACGCAGGAGGAGGCAGACGACUUGAACGAGAUUCUCCGCUGGGUAUCCGUAGCCGAGAUGGGUCUCACGCUGGAGCAGAUUGAGUCUGUUCUGACGCUCAAGAUGGGAGACGCCCCGUUCCAGCUCGAGGAAUCUCUCAGAGGGCAGUUCUCGUGUUUCUUCACCCUUGAGCGUGAAGACGGACUAUCGACAGCCGAUCUUGCUGACCGUCACGAACUCCAUCGUCGACUGACCUCCAUCGAACUGGACCCGAUUAAAAGGACGAGCCCCGAUUUCUUGGACAUGGAGAGGGACAUUGAAUACUUUUCAAACAAGCGCACGACCUACGUCACCUUUUUCCAUGCUUCAGUCAAGGAGUUCUUCCGGGAAGACGCGUCCACAGAUUUGAGGGCCGGCGCGCAACAUCCUUCCAUCGGGUUCAAGCUCGCUGAUGCAAGACUGCACGUGCUCCAGACCUGUUUGAAGAUCUUCACCGACCCGACGUACUUCAAUCUCGGCGAAGAGGGUCUGUCGUUGCAGCGGUACGCCGCUUGGUAUUGGCCCGAGCACUUGGACGAUAUAGACAUCAAAUCCGUCCCCGCAUCUGAAAAGGCCGACAUUGGCAACCGCCUAUACAUCAUGCUGACGGACCCGACGAUACUCCUGACAUGGACGAACCUGUUCGAGGAGAGUUUGGAUAUCUGGACCGAUCACAACAUCGAAGUCGUCUCUCGGUGGCUCAAGGACGCGGAUGCCACCAGCACGCUUACCGUCGAGCAGAAGGCCUGGGCAACUGCGGCGUCAGCAAGUCCGGCUCGACUUCUCGAACCCAUGGGAAGAACCUUUGCCAAGGCUUGGCUCGUGGAGGGGUUCGGCAUGUACAUGCCGACUCUGUUUUGUUUCGGUGUUGUACAGUCUUUGCCGCUCAUGGAGAAGGGCGCAAAAUGGUCCGACUCGGAAUAUCACUGGCAGGAAGUGCCCCUGGAGACCAGAAUCCAACAGGCGGCUGAAUGGGCGAGCCAUCCUAAAACCGGACACUGGUAUCGAAGAAUCGGCAGUACUCUCCUGAACUUGGGAGAACACACAAAGGCACUGGAGUACUUUGAAAAGGCUCUUGCUGAGGACUCCAACAUUGUGGAAAGUUGCGGCCGCAUGGGUUUGUGUCAGUUUUUGAAGGGUAACUAUGAGAAGGCUCUUAAGCUUCAUCUCAUGUGCGAGGUUGUCGAGCAAGAACACAUGGCCAAAGGCUAUUACAAGACGGACCAUGAGCUCAAGGCUGCGAAAUGGCGACUCUACAAAAACCAGGCCCAGAUCGCCGAAUGCUACAACCGCAUGAAGCGAGUCGAGAGUUCUCUUGCGUACUGUCGCAAGGCGAUGAGGAACGCCUACGAAGCCCCUGAAUUCGAGCCGGAAAUCGCCUACAUGAGGGUUCUGACCGAGAACAACCGGGUGACGGAGAUGAUGAGCCUGUUCGAGGGCCUCGACGGCCGAUACACCGAAAGGGGCAACUCUCGGUUCGUGCUGUUCCUACUGACUCAGAUACCCGACCAGUCCAUCAAGAACUGGUUUCCCCAAGCGGCCGCUCGAACAGGCAAGACGAGCGUCCUCGCGGACCGGUACGUGAACGGCAUCGAGUCGGCGCACGACGCCCAAGACUCGUGGAAAGAGUUCUACUUGCGAAACGCUCUGGGCAACGUCUACAUGGCGGCGCAGGAGUACGACAACGCCAUUUCCAUCCAGGAAAGCAUCUGCUUUGUCGAGUACAAGGCGAGAGGCAGCUUAGCGGUGCGGGUCGAGUAUAUCGCCUCUUUCAAACAGCUCGCGAGGGCGUACUCCCUGAAAGCGCUCGAGGCCGACGAGACACUGCGGUCCGACGCCGUAGAGCCCUGGGUCAAGAAGCUUGAAAAGCUCAUGGAACAGCAACGCAAGUACCAGAACAGAGACGUGCCGUUGCACAUGGCCGGUUUCGACUUCAAUGAGGCCUCGAUCUUCCUGAUCCUUCUCUACCGUCUGCGAAACCGGGAAGCGGAAUCACGUCGGCUGCUGGGAGGCAUGGUGUCCGACAGCCUCCAACUGUUGGAAGACGACGAGCCGCAGAACGACGAGAUCAGCAUCCGCCACCUCCAGCGCACACUCGUCGCCGCUGGCGACGGUGUGAAUGCCCAAGCUCUGUGGCAGUCGACAAGAACCCCCCCUACGCCUACCAAUCUCUCUGGUCACUUGGCCCCUGAGAGACGAUCCAGCUCGCCCCGUAUCGGAGGGCUGUCGCCAAGGAGACGCGGCAAGCAAAUCACGUUGACGAGAGUCUUCUCGGAGAGUGGCCAGAUCUCCUGCGACCACUGUCUGAGGAGGUUCCAGCCACCCGACACGUUCGCAGUGUGCUGGUACUGCGUCAACCUAAAGUUCUGUCUGCCCUGUCAAUCAGCCAUCAAGAGCCAGAACUUUACGCCAGGGCAUACUUCCGCCUGCAGGCCCAGCCACGACUGGCUCCUCGUGCCGGCCUUGACGAAAGAUCUGCAGCCGGGUGAGAUUCUGGUCGGUGAAAAAGUGCAGACGUUGGGCGAGUGGAAGUCGGCACUGCGACAGAAGUGGACGCAGCCAAAGUCUGCCACGGGCCUUGGUAUCAUGUAG